AUGGCCUCCAGGGAUUUGGCAAUAGGCAUGAUCUUCUUAUCUCAGAUCAUAGUCGGAUUCCUGGAGUUUCUUCUUUACCACUAUAGUUUCCUUUGUUUCACCAGAGGUAUGUUAUGGUCCACAGAUCUGAUUCUCAAGCAUCUGACCAUAGCAAACUCCUUGGUUAUACUCUCUAAAGGAAUCCUACAAACAAUGGCUGCUUUUGGAUUGAAGGAUACUGAGAGUGAUAUUGGAUGCAAACUUGUGUUUUAUGUUCACAGAGUGGGCAGGGCUGUGUGCAUUGGCAACGCCUGCCUCCUGAGUAUCUUCCAGGUCAUCACCAUCAGCCCCUGCUAAUUCAGGUGGGCACAGCUUAAACUACAUGCUCCCAGAUACAUCGGGUCCUCCAAUAUCCUGGUCCUGUGCUGGAUUCUGAACAUGCUGGUAAAUAUUACUGUUCCUCUACAUAUGACUGGCAAGUGGAACAGCAUAAAUAGCACAAAGACAAAUGAUUGUAAGUGUUGUUCUGGAGGACGUAGGAGCAGAAUUCUAUGUUCAUUACAUAUUGUCUUGUUAUCAUCCCUUCUUGUUUCGUGUGUGGGGCUCAUGACCUUGGCCAGUGGCUCCAUGGUUUUUAUCCUGCACAGACGCAAGCAGCAGGUCCAGCACAUUCAGGGGACCAACCUCUCCCCCCCAUCCCCUACUGAGUCGAGAGUCGCCCAAAAUAUCCUCGUCCUGGUGAACACCUUGUGUUAUUUUACUCGCUCUCCUCCAUCUUUACAGUCUCUUUUUCCUAAUCCCAGUUGGUGGCUGGUGAACACCUCUGCGCUGAUGACUGCCUGCUUUCCCACGGUCAGCCCCUUUGUGCUCAUGAGCCGCCAUCCCAGGAUACCCAGGCUGGGCUCUGCCUGCUGUGGGAAGAAUACACAGUUUCCUAAGCUGGUCAGAUAG